AUGUGGAUUAAACGCGACAGAUCACUGAAUCAAAAAAAAUUUAAUGUUCCAUCUUGUAAUGAAGUAGCAGUUGUAUUUGUUAGUGAAGAUGGUGAACCUCCAAUGGAACGUGAUAUAUGUAUACACCCAAAAGAUUCGAAAAGUAUACCAAUUUCCACUCUUAGUCCAAAUGUUGAUCCUAUGACAUAUCCUAUAAUGUUUCCCGCAGGUGAUCCCGGUUGGACUGUAAACAUUAAGCAUACGCAAGGUAAUCGUAAUGUAACUCCCCUACAAUUUUAUAUGUAUCGUCUUUCGUAUAGAGGAACUUUUAAUCCUUGUUUAGCAUUAGGAAAAUUAACUCAGCAAUAUAUAGUUGAUGUAUGGUCUAAAGUUGAAGGCGAACGUUUAAAAUAUAUUCGUUUACAGCAGAAAAAACUCAGAGCGGAAUUAUACUGCGGAUUAAUGGAUUAUAUAAAUAAUAAAGCAAAAGAUGAAAAUGUUCGACCAGGAAAAAUGAUUAUUUUACCUUCAACAUUUAUUGGUGGACCACGUUCUUAUCAACAAUCUUUUAUGGAUGCUAUGCGAUUAGUUCAAGAAUUUGGAAAACCAAGUAUUUUUCUUACUAUGACAUGUAAUCCCAAAUGGUCUGAAAUUACUGAAAGUUUGUUAACUGGUGAAAUUGCAUCUGAUCGGCCCGAUAUUGUGGCUAGAGUUUUUCAACUAAAAGUAAAAGAAUUAAUAAAAGAAAUAAAAGACAAAGAAAUAUUUGGAACAGUUGUUGCAUUUGUUUAUGUAAUAGAGUUUCAAAAGCGUGGAUUACCGCAUGUACAUUUAAUUUUAUUUUUACGUAAUCCAAUUCGCGAUGCAGAAACAGUAGAUCAAAUAAUAUGUGCAGAAAUUCCAGAUGAAACAAAAAAUCCUGAACUAUACAGUAUUGUAAAGCAAUUUCAAGUUCAUGGACCUUGCGGAAAUCAAAAUAUGAAUUCACCUUGUAUGGAUCCUGAGAAGAAAGUUUGUACAAAACGUUAUCCGAAACCGUUUUGCUUAGAAACAAAUUAUCAUUCUAAAAAUUAUCCAGAAUAUAGACGAAAAAAUGAUGCAUGUGGUAGUACAGGUGGAGUUAAAUAUUUAUUCAAAUAUUGUUAUAAGGGACAUGAUUGUGCAAUAGUAGGUUAUAAAGAUGAUAAUAAUAAGGAAAUGCAAUAUGAUGAAAUUAUACAUUAUUUAAACACACGUUAUGUAUGUCCACUAGAGGCAAUGCAUAGAUUAUAUGAAUUUAACAUGCAUGAACAAUCACAUGCAACGUAUAGACUUGCUGUACAUUUGCCUAAUCAACAGUCAAUAUGUUUUAAAGAAGGAUUAGAGGAAGAAGCAGUUGAUAAAUUUAAAAAUACGACAUUGACAGCAUGGUUUAAAUUGAAUGCAGAAAAUCCUGAAGCUCGAAAUCCAAAAGAUAUUGAAAGAUAUUAUUUAAGAAUUUUGCUUCUUUAUGUACGUGGUGCAACAUCGUUUGAAGAUAUAAGGACAUACGAAGGUAUUAAGUAUAACACUUUUACCGAAGCAGCGCGUGCAGGAAAUUUGAUGAUAGAUGAUAAUGAAUGGGAUAAUUAUAAAGAAAAUAAUGAAUUAUCAUUACAAUUGCUCAAAAAAGAAUCUGACGCUCUUAUUAAAAGUUUAAAUGAUGAACAACGGCAAGUUUUUAAUGAUGUUAUGAUGGCCAUACAUAAUGAUGAAUAUGGUAGUAGAUAUUUUUUUCUUGAUGGGCGUGGAGGAAGUGGUAAAAGCUACUUACACAAUACAAUUAUUACUAAAGUCGAAAGUGAAGAAAUGGUAGUUCUAUCAGUUGCUUGGACUGGUAUAGCGGCUAAUCUUCUAAAAGGUGGACGAACGUCACAUUCUAUGUUUAAAUUUCCUAUACCAAUCAAUGAAGAUUCAACAUGUAAUGUAAGUGGAAUGUCGAAACAUGCUGAACUUUUAAGGAGUGCAAAAAUUAUUAUCUGGGAUGAAAUUACAAUGGCCCCAAAAUAUGCUUUACAAGCAAUGGAAUCUAUGUUAAGAGAUAUUACAAAAUGUAAUAAACCAUUUGGAGGAAAGGUUAUUUUGCUUUCGGGAGAUUUCCGACAAACUCUACCAAUCGUUCCACAUGGUAGUCGUACUCAUAUUGUUGAGGUAUGUGUGAAAAAUAGUAAAUUAUGGCAUCAUUUUGAAACUAGAUGUUUACAUGUGAAUGUUAGAUUAGAUAAGACACAAGUAGAGUUUUCGAACUGGUUAUUAAAUGUCGGUGAUGGUAAACCGCAGAGUAUGUUUGAAAAAGAAAAUAAUGUUUUAGAAAUUCCGCAGAAUUUAAUUUCGAGUGGGAAUUUAAUUGAUGAAAUAUAUGGAUCAUCAAUAAGUCUAAAUGAUGAGACUGUAUAUUCUUCUUGUAUUCUUUCGUUAACUAAUGCUGAAUUAUUAGAUUUAAAUGAACGCAUUUUAUUAAAAUUAGAAGGGAAAGAAAUAGUGUAUUAUAGUAAUGAUUCACAUAUUGAUGAUGAGGACCCAAAAGAUAUAAACAAUGUUAUCCCAAUAGAAUUUUUAAAUAGUUUAACACCAGAUGGUUUACCUCCUCAUAAAUUAUCGUUGAAGAUAGGAUGCAUAAUUAUGCUUUUGAGAAAUAUGAAUUUAGUUCAGGGAUUAUGUAAUGGAACUAGAUUAGUUGUAAAAUCUUUAAUGAAAAACGUGAUUUCUGCCGAAAUACUUAGUGGAAAAUUUAAAGGUGAAAUAGUUUUUAUUCCUCGCAUUGAUUUGUCUCCUUCGCAAGAUACAUUUCCGUUCAAAAUGGUAAGAAGACAAUUUCCAAUUAGACUUGCUUAUUUGACCGGCGCGGUAUCAACUCUACACAUUUUAAUUGUAUACAGUGCAACUGAACACCGUUAA